AUGCGGGAUAGAGCGGUGCAGUAUAGGACGGUGCGGGAUAGGACGGUGCGGGGUGGAGUGGCCCGGGAGAAGCAACAGCAGCAGCAGCAUGGCACGCCGGGGUACGACGGGCGCGGGCGCGAGGCGUGGCUGCAGGGCGGCGGCGCGGCGCACGAGGACCCGCGCUUCGCGGCCACGCCGCCCGACGGCCAGCUGCCCGCGCACAACGGCGCCCACGUCAAGUUCGAGGUGCCCAAGGUGCCCGUCAUAUUCGUACUCGGAGGUCCUGGCAGCGGGAAGGUGACGCAUUGCGACAACCUGAUGCAGGAGAAGCGAGGCAUCACGCACAUCAACAUGACGGAUCUCCUGCAGCAGUAUGCCAUCGGUAACGACAUGAAGGACUUCGGCCACCUGUCCAGUAAGACUGUGACCGAGGUGCUCAUGCUGGAGAUGAAGAUGGCGCCGGCCGCCAAGGUGUACCUGGUGUCCGGCUACCCGCGGAGCAUGCGGGACGUCGUCGAAUACUCCGAAAAAAUCCAAAUCGUGAACGGCGUGGUGCUAGUGAGCUGGCGACAGAAGGUGCUAGAGAGACAGAUCGACUACGGCGCGAAACUAGGCCAUGUCGUGCUCAGUUUGGCCAAAAUGGAGCUCAACAAUUUCUACAAAAAUGUGAUGCCGGUCGCAGACUACUUCGACCAACGCGGCAUGCUCUACGCGGAAGUGAAAACUUCAUAUAUUAUUUUACGAUUUUUUCCGAAAGGACAGACACUUCCUUCCCCUUUUAGUGACAAAAUAAAUGAUCGGUUCAGUAUUCUAUUUCAAGAAAACAUAAGCCUUUGUUGUGUUCGGAAACACAUAAAAUGA